CCAAAUGCAUUUAGCAGCAAAUGCAAUACUAGUCUAUCCUUGUGAUGCAAGCAUGGCGUCAAUAAGUUUUCAUUCGGCCCAGAUUGGGCUCCAUGCCGCGCAAAGACCCUUUCUCGCGAUGCCCUGGGCCGCUAAUUCUCUUAAGCGGCGCACAAGCCUCACAUGCAAAUCUUCCAAUAGCGACCGUUUUUGUUACGAAGAUGCCUACCAGCAAAAAAGUGACUUGUCCAGGCGACAUGCUCUCGCUAUGUCAGUCGCAGCAGCUGCAGGUCUUGCGCUGGGAGUGCGGCCAGGCAAAGCUAUCCAAGGCCUCACAGCAGGGCGCAUUCCAGGGUUAAGCAAGGACGCGGACGAAGACGGCUUUUAUACCUACACCCGGCCAGAGGGAAAAUCGGGAGGACACGGCGUCGGUUGGAGCGAAAUCCCGCCGUACACCUUUAAAGUGCCAGCCGGCUGGGAGGAAAUCCCGGUCUCCAUCGCGGACCUUGGAGGAACUGAGAUCGACCUGCGUUACCAGAGCAAGGAGCAGGGUGAGCUAGCGGUGGUGGUGGCACCCGUGCUCAGGUUCAUGGACCUUGGUUACAAUGCGCAUGUGACGCUGAAGGAGGUGGGCGAGCCGCAGCGGGUGAUCGAGGGGUUCGCCCCGGAGCUGUUCGGCAAGCCGCUGGACGAGGGGGAUGUGCUGGCAGCAGAGGUGGCGAGGAGGGAGGAUGGCGGGCUGUACUACCUCUGGGAGCUGAAGCCUCACCGGCUGGUUGUUGCCACCGCCACCCGCAACCGCGUGUUCCUGCUUACGCUGUCCGCCUCCUCCCGGCAGUGGAAGAAGCACGAGGAGGCGCUGCGGGAGGUGCAGCGCAGCUUCCGGGUGCAACAGGAGAGGGCGUGAUGCUGGUAGAGGGGGCAGGGACCAGCCCACACCACGAUAGGAAAACACAGGUUCGGGCAAAGCAAUGGGGUUAGGUCGGGGGAGCGGACGGGGCAGGGAGAUACGGAAUGCUGCAAUGGAUGUUGUUGAUUGAUCCCAGGAUGAGAGUGGUUGAGAGCCGACGGAGAAGACGAAGAAUGGAGCUGAAUGCUAAAAUGCUGUAAUCAAGGGAUGGGGCAGGUAUCAGGGCGGGCGGGACAACGAGGGGAUUUGGCGUGGUGGUACUGUCGGGGUACAAAGAGGAAACUAACGUGCUGUAUGAAGAGGGGUGGUGGUGAGAUGCUUGCAUGGGGCAGAGCGGCUGGUUGUUGUCGUUGCUGCUAUUGCUGAAGGCCUGUCGCUGCAUGUGAGGCGCGUGUGAGGGGAGCUGUUUAGCGCAUGAAAGAUGAGCGUGCAGGAGCAUGAGAGACGUGUUGCAUGCAGUAUGGCCCUAUUUGGGCGGUGGGGCAUAGCCCGGCUGACGACGUCAUGACUCAUGAGAGAGUGAUGGGACAGUCGAGGCUGAAGCAAGGGAAUACUUUGUUAUGUUUCGCGAUGUUAGUACUAUAACAUGCGUCUGUACUGGUUUGGUUAUAAGUACGCACAUGGACCCAUGGGUCUGUCGCGCUGAGUGGUUGCGGCUCUGCAGCACACGAGGUACGAGGGCUACCGGUGCCUCGUUCCGCAACCCCAAUGGGGCAGUGAAGAUACGGAGCGAGGGCAGCCUACGCACAUGUACUCUGCUUGCAUGCCUUGCUAAGCCUUGCAUGCUAGCAGUUUGGUGUGCAGAGGUACAA